AUGUCGUUUGGAAAAGAAAAAAGAAAGCUUUUGCAACAACAACAAAAAAAGAUUCUCACCAAAAUCUUUGUGGCAACGUCUUGGCUGUCAGUAUGCGAGCUGGCCUCUUCUACCCUCUCACUCUCAUCUCCGUCCUUAUCCUCGUCAGCCCAGUCACGUGUGAGGACACAGCUGCAGGCCAGCGCCGAGCCAAAUGAGUCCCCACGGCUCUUUUGUUGGGGGCCAGCGGUAGCUGAGCGGCCCCUCUGUCCUCUCUCUCUCCUGCCCUCCGUGGACCCCCUGCUGCUUGGUGACCGCGCCCUGACCGUGCCCCCGUUCGCCCGCCCGCGUACGCUGUUGGUUCUGCUGGCUGGCUGGCCGGCUGCAGUGGCCGAGGACCUGGGCAGCCACCAGCUGGAGCGGCUGGUGGAGCUGCUGACGCUGCGGGAGUGCCAGGACCUCCGUGACGCUCUGGCCCGGCCCGAGGAGGACGUCCUCGCGCACAUCCAGCGCCUCUCCCUGGAGAACAAUGACCUCGGGCUGGGGCAACGCCAACGCAGGGACGCCAGCGCCAGUGACAGCGAGGCCGAGUGCCAUUCGGACCUGACAGACUGGCUGCAGAUACACGGGGAACAGAUGUACUACGACAGGCUGUCUGGCGCUCUGCAGCAGAUCGGCAGGACCGACAUCGCCAUAGAGGUUGCCAAGAACAUAAACCAGGCCAAGGCCCUGAGCCUGCAACACUACGUAGAUGAAUACCACAGUCGCAUCGAGCAAAUGGCAUUAGAGGAUAAGAGCGCCAUCAAAGAACAACACACACACACAGUGAGAAGUUCGGUACGGCGAUUGAGAGAUUUAACCUGGCGGGACCUGGAGCUAGUGGUGGAGCGAAAGCCAGUGCCCCCCAACCCCCGCGGCCUGCUGGACGGGGUGUGGCCCCUGGCAUACGGCCUCCUCCUGGGCUUCUCCAGCGCCUUCGUGAUGAGUGUUUCCACUCUGCUUAUGCUGUGCAUCUGCAACAGAGCCCAGAGAGACUCCGCUGGCUGCAGCAAGAGAAGGAAGAGUGGUCACCUUCUGAGGGAUCAUCGGGAUGGAGGUCUUCUGACCAGUGUUGUGACGUCAUCAGAGAUGGCCACUCAGGAGUUGCAGGAGACCCCUCUGCUCAUCGGCAGUGAAUAACAAGUUAGCUUGACAAAUACUUGCCACUUACAAGAAGUAUGAAUGUAUAGUUUUAUGAAGAAAAUAAACCAUAAUCGGUUCAGAUUUCCCU